AUGGAUGAGAUGGAUGCUGAUGGUCAUGAAGAUGAACAAAGGAACCAAGAGACGGAAACUGAAGAGCAAAUUGAGGCCGAGACUGAGGCUGAAAUGAAUGGUCUCAGAAACAUGCUUGAUCAAGUAGGCAGGCGCGAUUUCCUUGAGGGAUUAUUCACACUGCUGAAGGCCCUUAAUAGCCUCAUUGGUUACAUGAAGGCCAUGAACAGGCAUGUGGGGAAAAUUGAUGAGGAGAUUUCGAAUCACACCAAACUCCUACAUAGUAUGGCUGAACAAAUUUCUACCUUGGCUGAGAAGAAGGCAGCGGAGCCGAAGGCUUCACCGAAUAUCUUUCAGGGCAGCUGUUCACAACAUGCAAGUGCUGCUGUAUUUGACGCUGAAACACCAUCUGGGACACUUCCUCCCAGACAAUAUACAUCCAAAGUGCUGCACAAGGAUCCAGAAACCUUAGAUGAGGUCAAAAAAAGGCUAGACAUGUCUAUUGACCUGACUGUAUCCGAUGAUGAUAAGCCUAAUAUGAAGCCAUCAUCCGGUAAGGAAGUGAACAUUAACAAGGGAGGUGACAAAGUUGUAACCUUGACAGCCAAGAAAAGAAUCAACAAGAGCAAGUCCAAAGGAAUUAACAUAUCAAGGGGAAAGCACUUGUUCAAAAGCUUGGAGGUUGACUUUGAUGUUUCUGACUCAGAUCCUGAUGAUUGCACAAUCAUUGAAUCACCCACUAAUCCAAGUGGGUCCCUAAAUAUACCCGCAAAAGACAAGACAAAGGACAAAGGGAAACAAGUGGGAACUCGUGGAAGUCCAGCUUCCAGACCUAGAAAGAUUCCUAGGUCAUAUAUAUCACUAGACAAGAAGAAAUCGUCAAGGAAAAUUGGCCACGUAUUACCCAAGGCAAUGGAUACCAAGUUUAGUCCAACUGUAGAGAUGUUGCUGACAAUUCCAGAACUCCAUUUAUGCGCCUAUGUCUUUCAGUUGCAUGGUAACCCAAGGUAAUGUUAUUUCAAUUGUAGUCAUUUUCCCCUAUGCAAAUGUUUUAACUGACUACAAUUAGUUGUAAUGCAGUGAGGAGUUGCUAAAGGCUAACCAUGCCAAGCUUUCAUAGUCUUUCAUAGUUUUUGAAAUUAAUAGUUGAAUGACAGGUUUUCCCCCAAGGUUGUACAAACUCUCCCUUUAUAGAUAGAUAGAUAGAUAGAUAGAUAGAUAGAUAGAUAGAUAGAUAGAUAGCCAUAUAGCCAUAUUAGACUAUUUGGAGUACAUUAUAACAUAUUAUUCUAAAUACUUUUAA